CUUAACAGUGUACUGCGGUAUACUAUGGCUGCCUUUGGUACUGAUUGGAAAAGCAAAGUGGGCCCGUGGUGCGUAAAUCCGCUCUGGUUGAGAGGAAUAUUGAGUUUAGGCUUGAGCUCCUUGAGGAAUUGAAAGCUCUCUCUCUAGAUAAUGCGCUCUCCCUGCCUCAGGUGUGUAGCGCUUUAAAAAUCAGCUUAUUGAACAUCAUAGAUAUGCGUUGCUGGUGAUCAGAGUAGUGGCAAGAGUUCGGUUCUUGAAGCCUUAUCAGGCAUUCCAUUUCCAAGAGGAUAUGGGCUGGUGACACGCUGCCCUGUGCGACUUGUGAUGCGUAGUGCUCCAGAAUGGUCCUGCAGUGUCUCCACCACCUCAUCAACGCAAACAAUCACCCCCAAGUCACCUGAUGAUCUCACAGCCAUAAUUUUGCGUCUGACUGAGACUCUUACUCAAGGUCAAAAGGAGCUUUCAUCGGAUGCAAUCAUUAUUCGUUUGAGCUCCCCCGAGUCACCAGAUCUCACAGUAAUCGAUUUACCGGGAAUUGUACGUACAGAGACGUCGGAACGAGGGGUUCGGGUCAUAAAACAUAUAAAUAAUCUCAUCAACCACUACCUAGAAGAAGACAGGACAAUUAUACUUGCCAUCAUUCCGGCAAACCAAGACAUUGCGACCAUUGACAUAUUGGAACGUGCCCGGAUAGUUGACCCAGCUGGCGAACGAACCAUUGGCGUUCUUACAAAGCCUGACCUCAUUGGGCCUGGAAAUGAACAGGAAGUGGUUGCCGUACUAAGGAACAUCCGCAAGCCAUUGAAACUUGGCUUUGUUAUGGUCAAAAAUAGGUCGCAGGCCCAGGUUGAAGAAGGCUUAUCCUGUCAGACAGUAGCGGACGACGAAGAAACAUUCUUCCAAAAUCACCCGACCUUCUCAUGUUUAGAUCAACGGCUCCUUGGAAGCAGGAAUCUUGCCUCAUCCCUGGCAAGACUCCUGAUACAACGCAUCAAACAGCAAACUGCUCCUAUUAAGCGUCAGCUUGAGGGUAUGUUGAGUUCAAUUAGAGCAGAUUUGCGUGCGAUGUCAUCGUGUGGCAGCGCAUCGACUGCAGGUCAAAGGCAGCGGCUUUUGGUCACCUUAACACAGGAGUUUGUCCGACACCUUAAUGAUUGCGUUCGUGGCGAGUACCGUGAUCGAAUCAUAGUGUGCAAUCCCAAUUUGCGUCUUUACACUCGUGCUCUGAUCAUAUUUCACGAGUUGCAAUCUAAAGUGGCUGCAACGGCGCCACCAUUUCGUAUCAAGAACUUUACAUCUAAGCUGGCUUGCCAGAUGGAAGCUCUACGUGGGCGCGAACUUCCGGGGUUCAUGAGCGCGCAGUCAUUUUACAUGUUUAUUCAAGAAUUCAUCAAUGCUUGGGACCCUCCAGCUCGCAUGGCCGCCGCACAGAUGCGAGCACUUACAAAUGAAGUUGUUCGUGACUUGUUCGAAAACAUAGCUGCCUCAUACCCUGUACUACGAGAGUCAUUUCAGGCCGUUGCGUCAUCUAUUUUGGAGACAUCGGAGCACGAGGCACUACGACUGCUGGAGGGUCUUGUUCUUCGUGAGAAAGAUCCGUUUACCAUCAACGAGUUCCUUCAAGCACAUAUAAACAAAUUGCGUUAUGACCGAUUUGAGAGUUCGGUGGAUGCUGCAUUCAAGGGGUCUAUACUUGGUGAUUGUUCCGGGCAGUCUGGUUCUUGGCAAGCUACUAAAAGUCAUAUUGGUGCAUCUCUUCGAUCUUGGUACCUUUCGGCCCACGGAGUCAGUUCUUCUGCAAAUGCCGAGGACAUGUCAGCCAUUUUAGAGGCAUAUUGGACCCUUGCAUCAAAACGAUAUGUAGAUAAUGUGUGCAUGUGUCUUGAUGAUCGCAUCCUUGGCACCCUUUGUGGGAAGUUACAAGAAACGUGUUAUCAGUUCGUUCAUGAUGAAGCAAAGCUGAGAGCCUUUUUCACUGAGGAUAGAGCCAUGGCUAUUCAGCGGUCUCGCUUAGAGAAAACUUUGGAUAAGCUUAGUAAGGCUAAUGCAUCGAUGAACAACAUCCAGGCGGAACGCAGGCCUUCACGACGUCUGUGAUGGAGUCUGAACCACAUGUUGCCAUGUAUCAUGACUUAGGUGUUCAGGUUCUGUGCAACCGCCGCUGACACCCAGCGGGCUUAAGUUUAAGUUAUCGGUCGCUGUUGAAUCUCAAGGGCUCGGUCUGCAGCUAGCAGACGAAGAAGGCCGAGUGGGUACUUUUGCUGCAUAUCUUAUUCGUACUAAACUCGCUGCAGGUGGUUACCAAGGGGUUUCGUGGAGCAAGUCAGGUAUGUUAUCGUAUAAAUAGGCGUUGAGCUUGCACACUCGAUAGAUAGGCGCAACUGGCAGAAAUCCAGGUAGGCGAUAUUCUAAUUGAAAUCAAUAAUUCACCCUGCGGUUCUUUUCAAAGUGCAAUAUCAACGCUAAAGUCUCUUCCCAAAGGUGCAGUUCAGCUGACAUUUCUUCGAGUGAGCUAGGACAUGCGUGCAUCAUGUUGUGUUUAGUUGCUACAUCAUUUCUUGGAUCGUGCUUGACAUGCUCUGGCCCUGAACCAGAAAGUGAUGUCAUUUUCCAGAAAGCUACCACCCCCGCACGCGAAGCCGAGAAUAAUAUUGUCCCUCGAAACAAAUUGACCAGGCAUCCAUCUGCACCGUGACGAGAGGCAAGUGGCCGCACGUCGAGGCGACGGUGGCUAGGCACCCAGCUGCAUAAGCCGAGCCGGACACCGGAAAUUCCCUAGCAGCCCUAUAUAGAUAUGGAACGAUGGGAAAUAAUUAGUGGAUAAUUAGAGGCCGAUUUAUCCCGUCCGUUGGAGCGAUUGGGUUUCCGGCGGGUUCAAGUUUUUUCUCGGACCAUCGCACCGCGUCGCAGCUGAUUUUUCAGCGUGAGGCUGCCCGCACGGUACCAAAAUGCGCACAGCCCAUUAUUUUAGCAUACGGAAGCUGCGCCUCAGCAAAAAUUUCCCGCCAUUUGGUAGGUGUGUGGCUGUACGCGCAUUGCGCCAAAACCUGCCAACGUCGACUAUUGCGCUCCACCCCCCUAUAAAUUUCGAAGUCUCCAAGGAGUCUUAAGCGUCGCAGGCUAAUUCAUUCUAAUUAGAGCUAAGGAAAGGUAAGGAAGAAUGUUACUCCAAAGAACUUUGAAUUAACCGGCGUCCGGCUAAUAAAUCUCUGACGAACUUCUUUUCGUCAUAUGAAGUCCCCUGUCGUAAGGGGUCUUCUCCGAGUCUUUCCUGUUCGUUUUCGUCGCCAAC